CCCUAAACAGAUAGACCACAUCUGACUCGGAAAAUCUCCAGCGCUGAAAAUAUUUCGUGAUGGAGAGAUUAAGUGAGCAUAGGACCACGUGUGCUUGCGUGCUUUUCCCUGAGCAGUUGCUGGAGGCACAGCUGGGACAGGCUGUUCUUGCACUCCUGUCCCUAUGUCACAUGUACCCAACUGCACCCACCCUGCGAGCCGAGGGGACACGGCAGGCAGACCUCCCUCCUGCUCUCUCCGCAGUCCUGAGCAUCCCAUGGGACAGGCUCGGUGGCGGCAGGUGGCACUGAGCUGUCAGUCCGCAGCUCAGCACGGCCACGCAGCUGCUGCGGCACUUCGCUAGCACGGGGUGAGAGCUCAGCCCUCCGCAGCAGCCCGGGGCCGGCCACGGGGAGGGCCCCGGGCUCUCACCGCGCCCCUUCCGCUGGCCGAUGCCGCUGCCGGAGCGGGUUGCCGUCGCUGCCCGAAGCGGGGCCGGUUCUCCAGCCCGUACCGCCGUUCGCUGCCCGCGGUGGGCGCAGCCCCUCGGCCCGGCCAUGGCUCUGAGGCUCCCGCGCUGCCGCCUGCGCGCUCCGCCGCUCGCCCUGCUCAGCCUCCGCAGCCUGGUGACAACCACGGCAGCAGCGUGCCAAGGCAGGAAAAAGGCCAGGGUGAGCUGCAGCCCGCCAGAGCCUUCCUGGGAGGAGAGGUUAGCAAAUGCAGUGACACCACUGUGGAGACUUCCCUACCAAGAGCAGCUGCGGGUAAAGUAUGAAAGCCAGAGGAAGAUUUUGCAGACACUGGCAUCCCGUCUUGAGGAGCUGGGCAUAGAUGCACAGAAACCUGGUGGGCUCUGCUGUCCUCUGCAGCCUGUAGUCCCUUCGCCCAUCAUUAAUGGCUACAGAAACAAAUCAACUUUCUCUGUGAACCGAGGACCAGAUGGGAACCCCAAAACUGUGGGGUUGUAUGUGGGAACUGGCAGAGGAAGAAAUAUUGUCUGUGUGAAAGCCAACCAUGUGGAGAACAUACCCUCAAAACACAAACAAGUGGCCCAGUGCUAUGAGGAGUUCAUCUGUCGCUCCCCUCUGGACUCCUGCAUCCUCUUCCACGAGGGUGGGCACUGGCGAGAGCUCGUGGUUCGUACCACCAGCUGUGGCCACACCAUGGCUAUCGUCACCUUCCACCCCCAGCAGCUGGGCCAGGAGGCACUGGCUACUCAGAAAGCAUUGCUGAAGGAGUUCUUCACAGAGGGGCCUGGAGCAGUCUGUGCCUUGACUUCACUUUAUUUCCAAGAGAGCACCAUGACACGCUGCUCCCAUGAGCAGUCCCCCUACCAGCUCCUCCACGGAGCACCUCACAUCUUCGAGGAACUGCUGGGCCUGAAGUUCCGCAUCUCUCCAGACGCCUUUUUCCAAGUCAACACAGCUGGAGCAGAAGUUCUGUACCAGGCAGUCGGGGAGCUCUGCCAGGCUGCUGGGGACACUGUCCUCCUUGACAUCUGCUGUGGAACAGGCACGAUUGGUCUCUCUCUGGCUCACCGAGUGUCCAAGGUUAUUGGUGUUGAAGUGGUGGAGAAGGCAAUAGAGGAUGCUGAGUGGAAUGCAGCAUUCAAUGGGAUCUCAAACUGUGAGUUUCACAGUGCAAAGGCAGAGGCUGUGUUACCACAGCUCCUGGCAUCGUGGGAGGAUGCCCGACCGCUUGUUGCUGUGGUGAACCCUUCUCGGGCUGGCCUACAUUACAGGGUUGUACGAGCCAUCCGGAACUGCAGGUCCAUCCGCAGGCUGCUCUACAUCUCCUGCAAGCCAGAGGGUGAAGCCAUGAGGAACUUCCUUGAGCUGUGCUGCCCACCUGACCCAAGGAAGAAGCUGGCAGGGGAGCCAUUUACCCCUGUGUUGGCUAUUCCUUUUGACAUGUUUCCUCACACUGUUCAUUGUGAGCUGGUGCUGCUGUUUACCCGCUGACAAGGAGGCAGGAAUGAGCUCUGGGAGCUUGGGAAGCAACCUCCUCCUGUCCUGAAGAGCCAAUGUAGUUAGGAUUUUAACUUAUUUUCUGUGAAGUUGUAUAAAAAUAAAUAAUUUUGGUUUUUCUCUUA